GAUGAGACAGGGGCAUAUCUCAUCGAUAGAGACCCCACGUAUUUUGGUCCAAUACUGAACUACCUCCGACAUGGGAAGCUCAUCAUAAACAAGGAGCUUGCAGAAGAAGGGGUACUGGAAGAAGCAGAGUUUUACAAUAUUGCAUCUCUUGUGCGGCUGGUGAAGGAGCGGAUACGGGAUAAUGAGAACAGAACCUCUCAAGGACCUGUGAAGCAUGUGUACAGAGUCCUGCAGUGCCAAGAGGAGGAGCUCACACAGAUGGUGUCCACUAUGUCUGACGGGUGGAAAUUCGAACAGCUAAUCAGCAUUGGAUCUUCCUAUAACUACGGAAACGAAGACCAGGCAGAAUUCCUCUGCGUUGUGUCCAGGGAGCUCAACAAUUCUACCAAUGGCAUUGUCAAGGAGCCCAGCGAGAAGGCAAAGAUUCUUCAAGAGCGAGGAUCGCGGAUGUAAUUCAAGUGUCCACUCCGUUAAAACUCCCAGAUGUCAAAAGGGCAGUCUAGCUGGGCAGAGCAUCUCUCCACAGUGCAACCUUGCCCUUGUACAGUAACCAAGCUAAUGCAAAGCAAAGCCGAGCCUGUCCUGCCAAUGGCGAAUAAUUCUGGUCAUAACCAAAGGCUUCCCUCUUGCCCUGGAAACCAAGGAAGGAAAAGGCUCUUCCAGUUGGAUAGUCCUUUCCACAAGUAUUUGUUUUAUUUUCUUGGCCAGCACUGUAUUGAAUUUUUCCAACAAUGGCUGGGCCAGAUUCCCAGUCGGAGCCUCUGCGUAGGUUGCUCAGGUCCACAGGCCCUUGUAAUCGGUCCCACCUUCCACAGGCUGGCGUAGGUGGGAAGAUCAGUAUUUGAUCUGUGCCAUUUCUUGCACCCAGGUCUGCCACCAGAAAAGUGCAGGGACCUUGCAGUGCUCCCCCUCCGGAUCAGCCAGCCCCCCUAAAUCAGAAGAACAGGUCUUUAAAAGGAGAAACA